AUGCCAAAGGCCAAGGGCAAGGGCGGUAAGAAUCGCCGGCGCGGAAGGAAUGAUGACGAGGCCAAGCGCGAGCUCGUUUUCAAGGACGAGAGCCAGGAGUAUGCACAGGUCGUGAGGAUGCUGGGCAAUGGGCGUCUGGAGGCGCUGUGCUUUGACGGUGAGAAGCGCUUGGCGCAUAUUCGCGGCAAGAUGCGCAAAAAGGUAUGGAUCAACAACGGCGAUAUUAUCCUGCUGUCGCUGCGUGAGUUUGAGGACGGCAAGGCCGAUGUGAUCCAGAAGUAUACGCCUGACGAGGCACGCAGUCUGAAGCAGCAUGGCGAGCUGCCUGAAGCGACCAAGAUCAGCGAGGACCAGUUCGGCGAGGAAGGCGACGAGAUUGAGUUCCAGGAGGCGAGUGACGACGACGCCGAGGAGGGCGAGGCCGAGGACGAUGAUGAGGACCUCGAUGACCUGUAA